GACGUAUGACGUAUUAACCGAUAGCCAUGCUGGGCAGAAAGUUAGCACAAGUUAGCCGCCCCUACCUAAAAUGUAUAUAACUUGGACAACAGUACUAGUAAAGUAACUCCUUGAGCACGAAGCAAUGCUAAGACGUCGCGUUUGCUGACAUUAUAGUAAGAGACUGUUUCUAGUUGUCCGUGAUUUCUUUUUACUACCUUCAAUGUGUUUUAGCUAACUAUCGUAGGACGGUAUCAGUACUAUUAAGAUUUUCUGAUUUGAUAAAACCGACGAUAUUUAAUGUGUUUAUUGAACGUUUUGUAAAUGCCCCGCCAACGCUGUUGCUGGCUACGGCGCUGUUAGCUUUAGCAAAACUAGCUGCGCAGGGGCCAGCUGGAGUCAGCUGACAGGCUUCCGUCUGCUGCCGCCGCCGCCGCCGCCGUUGUUGUCAACAAGAGACGCGCGAUGGAUCAACUCAAAGUCAAGGACCGCAUUCUGGAAAACAUCUCCCUGUCCGUUAAGAAGCUGCAGAGUUACUUUGCAGCAUGUGAAGAUGAGACUCCAGCCAUCCGCAACCACGACCGGGUUCUUCAGCGGCUCUGCGAGCACCUUGACCACGCGCUACUCUACGGGCUGCAGGAUAUCUCUUCAGGCUACUGGGUUCUUGUCCUUCACUUCACAAGGGGAGAGGCUGUUCGACAGAUCGACGAUCUUCAGCACAUCGCAACUAACCUGGGUCGAAGUCGGGCGUGGUUAUACCUGGCGUUGAGCGAGAGCUCUUUAGAAAGCUACCUACGCCUCUUCCAAGAGAACCAAGCACUACUACAGAAGUACUACUUCAAGAACGCGCUGGUCUGCAGUCAUGACCACCUGACGCUCUUCCUCACGCUGGUAGCCGGAUUGGAGUUCAUUCGUUUCGAUCUGGAACUGGAUGUGCCCUAUUUGGACGUGGCCGCCUACAUGCCCGAAUACUACAAACCGCACAACCUGUUGGAUUUUGAAGAGAGGCUGCCCAGCUCGGACAGUUUGUCCCUUCACUCCUUCACCUCUCUGACCUCCACCAACCUGGAAUGGGAUGACAGUGCCAUUGCGCCCUCAAGUGAAGAUUAUGAUUUUGGUGACAUCUUCCCCGUGUUGCAGGCAAUGCCAAGUGCAGACUGGGAAGAAGGUGACUUGACCGACCAGGCCAGCUGCCCGAGGUCCAACGGUUCUGAUCCCCUGACUGUCAUCAGCGACUCGCUGGUCUUACCCGCCCGCAACGGCAAGAUGAAAGCGGGUGCUCGUCUGUCGCCGCCCAGUCCCACGUCCAGAUUCAACCCUUUCAAUCACGAGUCGGACACCAACACCUCAGCCGACGUCACGCCGGUUCACGUGGCCGCCUCUCACGUGGCAUGCGCUGGAGACGACGCCAAUAACGAGCUGGAAGUCAUUCGGAUGGCAAGACGGAGGAAAUCCAGCAAAAAACGACGUGGGAAGAGUUUCACAGAUUCCAUCAGCAGCAUCCAUAACUCCAUAUCGUCCGAGCACGUAGAAAUGGACAGCAGCUUGCUAAACGGGGACGAUUCCGAUUCUUUGAACUGCACUGUAAUCCACCUCGACAGGACCGGGACAGAGGUGGCGGAUAAAUGCGCCGAGGACGGCGUGGACGAUCUUCUAAGGCUUCCCGAGAUGACAGAUACCUCCAUGGAUAGCGUUGGCCAACCCCUCCGGGAUGUCAUGGACAGACUUAACGAGGAGGUCUGGGACCCGCCCGAGAACGCGGCAGGUUCCGAGCCUCCUGCGCAGCAGCCCUUUCGAGAGGACUCCCGGGUGGACCCUCCAGACUCAAGCCCAGACCUCCUGCAGGCCGCUCAAAACGUACUCUGCUUUACCCCCGACGAUCCAGACUCUGCUCCCGCAAGUGGUGGGCACCAUGACCCUACAGAGCAUCGCCAGUCGCAAAUAUUUUCAGGUGGCCAUGAAGAUCAAGGAGAGACAAAAGCACCAGCAGGACGGGAAGCCCACGUGAAGAACGAGGAGGAACAUGACGCAGACGGGUGUGAAACGACUGCUGCGCAAGAGGAGAAGCUCAGUCCCUCCGAAAGUUCCCAUCCUGCAGAAUUUAAGGUGGACAACAACCACUUACUACUCCUCAUGAUCCAUGUGUUCAGAGAGAAUGAGGAGCAACUCUUCAGGAUGCUGAGGAUGAGUACAGGCCAUAUGGAAGGAGACCUGCAGCCUCUUUAUCUGCUACUGACCGACUGUUACAUCUACCUGCUGAGGAAAGGUGCAGCAGAGAAGCCUUACACGGUGGAAGAUGCGGUUUCUUACAAUGAGCUUGACUAUCUCUCAGUGGGCCUCGAUCAACAAACACUGAGCAUAGUUUGCACUAAUAGAAGACGGAAGUUCCUGCUCGACACAGCCGAUGCCACGUUGACCCUAUGGUUCUUGUCCGUUCUGAAGACGGCUAUGGUGAAGGGUUGCCGCGAGCCCCCGUAUCCUUCCAUCCUGACUGACGCCACGAUGGAAAAACUUGCCCUCACCAAGUUUGUCGCCCAGGAAUCUCACUGCGAGGUCUCUGAAGUCUCUAUCCAUCUGUAUUCACUGGUCCACUGGGAGGAUCCCAUGGAUGCAACCUUGCCCAACUUGAAGUCACCUACGAGCGCUAAGGAAGGGCUGAUUCAGUACCGGUCCGGUUCCACGUACUUGGGCAAGGAACUGUGGAAAAGUUGCUACCUCGUCCUCAAUAAUGGAAUUCUGUACCUCUAUGCUGAAAGGACUGAUGUGACGCCUGUGCUCUCAGUCACUAUGGGGGGUGAAUUUUGCGGAGGGUGCCGUCGUUCAAACAGCACCGAGCGUCCGCAUGCCUUUCAGGUCAUCCUGACGGAGCGCCCCCCGCUGGAGCUCAGUGCCAACAACGAACAGGACAUGGCUGAGUGGAUGCAGCUGCUCUGCCAGUCUGUUUCCAUAGGAGUCAUCCCCCAAGGCACGGCCCCCACCCCAUGUAUCCCGUGUUGUCUGGUUGUCACGGACAGCAAGCUGCUGACCUGCCAUCAGGACUGCCAGACAAGCUUCUUCCGCUCGCUGGGCAGCGCCGACAUCUGCGACGUGGAGGCCAUCAGUCUGGAGGCCGACGUGGAGUACUGUGUCGUCGAGUUUGCUACGGAUCGGGAUCGCUUCCUUCCACCUUGGGUCUUGUAUUUUAGCAGCUGUGAGGAAAGAGACAGACUGUUGGAGGUAUUGGACACGGUGUGGAGGAACAUAUUCCAGGUGGCGCUCCCCCACCGAGAGGUGUGCGAGCCGUCGUUGCAGAAGCGCUGCAGCGAAGGCCUAGCUUUAAUGAAGAGCGCCUGGCAGCGGGCAGACAGUUUGGCACGAGGCCGGGCGCAGCGCGAGCCUUGGUGCUGACACACGUAUAUGCAUACAAUUGCCAGUGGUAGGUCAGCACACUCGUGGACGGGCAAAGGUCUGCUUCCGGCGCAGCCAGAUAGAAAUGGGCGCUCAAGUCAAUCCAUUUUGACAACUCCUGCAUGUUGAACACCAUCACACAUGCUUUGCAGCACAAAUAACACACUGCCGUGCCGACCGACGUGGACCCUCACAUAGGAAGGAAGGCUGGUCAGACGGCACUCACAAAAUGAAAUUUCACAUUCAACCUUAAGUGGAAUCUUUACAGGUGAACUUCUUUGAAUUUUUCUAAAGUUGGAAAUAUAUACGUAUCUGCGCCCGUUCAGUAUUUUCUUGCAUUUCGCACAACAUGCUUUCCACUGAAAGGAAAAACCAAAAUAGGUGUUUGAUCCGUAAAUGGACUGAUACAUUUGCUGGUUCAAUUCAAUCCCAAAUGACUUUUACGGCUGUUGUUUUAUCAUUGACAAUCCUGUCAACUAUUUGGCUGAUUCAUCGGAUUUAAAUAGUAUUUCAAACGGGCAAUGCAGAAAACACACAAAUUACCCAUGAUGAUUCAGCUGCUGGCUUGAUCUGUAACAUUUGUCGGAAAAA